CGUGCAACCUCCUCAAAUGGGAUGGAUUGUCUUUUUUGCGCUUUCAGAGCAAGGCACGCAGCUUUGUUUGCAUGGGGAUACAUUCAUGACAGAAUCCUGGGACACAGAUAUUUCUAUAACGGGCUAUUGAUCUAGUGUUGGAACUAAUAAGAAAAGCAGGCAGGAGGCUGCGAAAGAACCCUACAAGAGUCGGAGGAAACGGACAAGAACAGGUCUCAGGACUACAAUGACCAUUCAGUCUGCUAUCAACAAAGAGGUCUUCAUUCCUCAUGAUGAGCGCCUGUUAGUAGCAGUGGAGGUGCGUAGGAGGAAAAGGAAGAGAAUGUCUUUCCUGCCUACUGGAGCCAAAGGAGACUACGUCACAUUCAUCUGUGUUUCAGUGACCAACACAAUACCACAUCAGCUCCUAAUUAUAAAGGUGAAGCAGUUUGGCUCCUCUUCCUUCACCCGAAGGUCCCAGUGGACUGUAGAGCAGCUCCGACAAGUCAACGGUAUCAACCCCAACAAGGACAGCCCAGAGUUUGACUUAGUGUUUGACAAUGCUACGGACCAGUGGGUGGCCAGCUCAUCAGCAGAGAAGUGCAUCUUUGUCCAAAUCCUGUACCACGCCUGCCAGACCUACUGGGAGGGGAAAGCAGGACGUCUGGGCAAGGUGGGCCACCAGCGACGAGCUAGUCAGUGUGCUCGCCGCAAUGUCGGAUGUGGUCCCAGUGACUCCGCACCAGUCUCUGCAUCCAGAACCCUCAAGGGCCGACGGCAGAGCAACAUUCCUCCAAGAGAGACAGAGUUCAUCAACUGCCAAUCCAAACUAACAGGAGAUUCCUGCACCAUGAAUCUGGUCAUCUACCGCUGCAAAGCCUUCUUUAAUCGUAUGAGGAGUAAAAUGGUUGCAAACCAAAAUCGAUCACAAGUUCGAGUCCACAGGGCGAAUGUGCUUGGGGGGCAGCAUGGAGAGGGACUGACUCGUGCCGAGGACAAGACAGUGGAACUGAUGCACAAAGCUCAGCACUUUGCAGACAUUGUUCACAAGAUGGCCCUGAAGUAAUCAAAGUGGGGUCUGUUGGAGGACGAAUGGAAUUCUACGGCUAUUGAAGAUGAAUCCCGUAACAUGAACACUAACACGUCUGAUGCAGGCUGAGUAGAUACAGUGAACUCGUCAUGACAGUGUAUAACUUCAGAUUCAGUUGUAUAAACCUUUAAUUUAAUGUUACUUACCACUUUUUGUCAUAAUUUUGUGUUUAUCUGUGUCUUGUGCGUAUUGUUUGUAGACAAUGCAGGGUUAGGGUCAACCUGUCACUUUAUAUCUUGCCUACCGGUCUGUGUCUUUUUAGUCUCUGUCUUCUGGUCCAUGUCUUCUAAUCUGUGUCUUCUGGUCCGUGUCUUCUGGUCCGUGUUUUGAAUAGCUGAGAUGUUGAUUGAAACAGUGCGUGUAGAAUUUGUGGUAUCCAAUUUGUGAGUGAGGCCAACCAAGCUUAGCGUUUGGCCCAAAUAUAAUGUGUGUGAUGUAUUAACUCAGUGAUCCUGUAUUUUUUAACAUGUACGGCAAAAAGCAGAACUCUGCUGUUUCUUUGGAAGUAGAUGUAAAUUGUAGCGCUUACAUUUGGGCUGUUUUAGCCAUAGAUAAGGGCUCUCAUCAAUAGCUGUUGUAGUUGUAGAUCGGCUUAUUUGAUGAAAUCGCACUUUCUUGUUCUUUUGUGUCUAAAAUGCACUCAUUAUGAGUCGGUUUAGAUAAAAGCAGCAGCUGAAUGACAUGUAAUGUAUCAAACAUGGACCAAUUAAAAUCGAGAUAUUACUGGACAUUUGCGCAACUGACGUCACUACGCCAGCUACGUUGUAAACAUAUUACCCCCGAAAUUCAAAAUGUCCACCGAUAUCACAGAUCUGAGACGAGUUUUAAAACAGUAAUUUACGUGUUCACGAGGAAAGAGCAGCGGAUGGAUUUUUUGUACAAAUAGUCGACCAUUGGUGAGUCUUAUAUUGAAUUGAUAAGUGUGGUUGAAUGGAUGCCGACUACAUUGAGCAGUGCGUGUUUUUAUUGAUGCUGACUGACAAACAUAAUUGGCCGCUGUGCAAUUUAUUAGGCGAUAAAGUCCGAGAGGCUGGACUUUGUCAUCAAUGUUGUUACAAUCGGUUUCGAAAGCUAGCAUCGCCCCAAACAGACGCUGUUUGCGAUGUUUCUUUCCGGCGAUCGGGUGUUAACCUAAACAACAAAUCAGGUAAUCUGGCUUCCAUAACUUAGUGCCUUCCCUCUUAUUGACAUCACCGCAUGUCACUAAUGUCCGUAGGACGAAGAAGACCAACAUCAAACAGUAAUUUCGCUACUCACUCAAUUUCAAAUAUAUUUGUUAAUCGGUCUGAACUAUUCUCUAUUGUAACUGACUGAUCUAAUAUGUAUUAGUCUGAUGAAAUAAACUUUUGACCUUUUUGUUGUA